AAGUAUACUUUACUACAUCAUUUCAAAACAGAAAUACUGCAGAGAUCCGUGAUAACUUAUGAAAACAUCAGUGGAGUGAGGAACCAGCUAUUCGCAUGGUCUCCUGGUAAUUCUACCAAAAAAUGUCCUAAAUGACCUGAUUCCACUUAACUCCCGGAGAUAAACAGGAAAUUAUGAGCUAAGGGAGGAGCUGAAAGCAAAAGAAGUCAGUUUCACUUUGUCCUAGCGCGCUCAAAACCUGCAUACCUGGUUCGAGACGGACAGCUCUCACUGACUUCAACUUUCAGCUGGUCAUGGACACCAUAAAAAACAUCCUGUCCAUUGCAUCAAAGAUCUACACCCUGGUUGAAAAUGUUAAGGCCAAUAAGAAGCGCUGCCACCGUGUCGCCCAGCGAGUCAAAGCCCUGGGCGAGCUGGUGGGGUCCAUCAAAGAGGGGAAGGAGAUGGUUUUAGAAAAGGCUCUAAAGGAACUCGCCAUCACUCUGGAAUCAGCACAGGAGCUCAUCGAGAAAUACACCUUGGCCAACUGGAUGGAGUGCAUCCUAAAAUAUCGGAGCCAUGGAGACGAGUUCAACAGUGUGAACGAACGCCUUGACGACGCCUUCCAGGUUCUGUCUGUAGCUCUGAAGGUUGAGCAGGGGAACAUGGUUUGCCAGAUUUUUGAUAUGGCACAGGACAAGGUGGACGGGUGGACGGAUGAUGCAGAGCUGAAGAAAUUGAUCCUGGACCACAUGAAGGAGCAGAAGGAGAAAACGGACGCCAUGCUGAUCAACGUGAUAAAAUUCAUGGAGAUGUUGAACAAGCCCAGCCCCAGUGAUGAGGAUAUCCGUCUGAUCAAACCAGAGGAGCUGGAGUACCCCAAAGAGAAAAUCGCGAAAACAUCAAACUCAGAGAUUUACAAAGGACAGUACCGCGGAUUCACAGUGGCCAUCAAGCGAUACAGCAACCCUGUGAACACCUCCCCAAGUGUGGUGGAGGAUGUUUUCAAGAAGGAAGUUGAAACCAUGAAGCGCUUUGAGUCACCCAACAUCCUGCGAAUGUUUGGUAUCUGCAAGCAGGCUGAAGAUGGAUCCAACCCUCAGUACCUCAUCAUCACCGAGUACUGUGAGAAGGGAAGUCUGCGACAGGUUCUGGACUCGAAAUGCGAACUGUCCUGGACCAGGAAAGCUCGAAUGUGUCUGGACGCAGCACAAGGACUCUACCGACUGCACCAGACAGAAGAGAAAAGUAAGGUACAUGGAUGCAUCAAGAGCAGCAGGUUCCUGGUGGAUGAAAGCUACAGAGUCAAGUUGGCAGGUUUUGAGCUGGCGAAAACUGAGUCGUCGCUGAGAAAGAUGACGAAGGGUAGAGACAAAAGGUCGCUGUGCUACUCCUCUCCUCAGAUGCUCAGCAACCUCAACCACACCUACAGCAAGGAGUGUGAGAUUUACAGCUUUGGGAUCGUCCUGUGGGAAGUUGUGACCCGUCAGAGACCUUUUGAAGGUUGUUCAAAUGAGGAAAUCAGUCAGAAAGUAUGCAAUGAGAAAUAUCAAGAGCCGCUCCCUGACGACUGUCCUGAACCACUGAGAUGUCUGAUCAACGCCUGUCGGACCUAUGAUAGCUUCCAGAGGCCAUCUGCUGGAGUGCUGGUGGAUAAACUGCGCAGCGUGGUGGCACAGAUGGAGGAGGAAUGAAACGUUUCAUCCCUCUGCCUCCUCGUCAGCUGUCCUCAGGGAUUCUGCUUGUGAUCGUGCUCAGGAGAAUGUUGUCAAGUCUGAAAACUGGCCUGUAACUAAGAAAAUUAUGAUAUAAUAUAGAGCUGCAAUGAUUAGUUGAUUUAUCGACUAGUCAC